AUGUCUGCGAACCCGAGUAUGGAGUUGUGCUCGGCAUGCAACCGCUUCGUCCAAGACAACUACCGCGAAUGCAAGCACCACGGUACUCUGAGAGAGCUCAAAAAUUGCGCAGAGACCAAAACGACACCGUCUUGCGCUCUUUGCUGUCUGUUGUGGACCGGCGUGCAAGCGCAGUAUUCUGUUUCCGUUUCCAUGUCUAAUGUUGGCAGCAUUCUCGCAAGUGAUUAUACCUUGGAUCUGGGCUAUACCCGCCAGGGACAUCUGCGCUGGAUGUACGCCAAGGGGACUGUUAUGAGUGAUGGAACUCGCCCAAUUUUGGGGACCCUGGAUAUAAUUUCUGAACAAGGUAGGCAUAAUACCACUCUUGUCUACAACCUUGGCGUUUGCAACGACUUUUGUAUCCCUUCAACUAAUCUAACCAUGGGGCCGGAUAAGGGCGGCCAGAAGGAGCUGUACGUGGCUCUAUCAUAUGUCUGGGGCAUCAAGAAGAAGAAAGGUGAAAGCAUCCAUCAGUUAAAACUUGUCAAGAAAACAAGGAGUGACCUGAUGAAGGGGAUCAAGCCUUCUCAGAUGACGGCUUCACAUCGAGAGGGUAGUAUGGUGGCUCGGGACCUGGGCUACCGCUACAUAUGGAUCGAUGCUCUUUGCAUCAUGCAGGAUGACAUUGCCGACUGGAAGAAUGCAGCGGUAGAAGUUCCCGACAUAUACAAUAAUGCCGUACUCACCAUUACAGCGGGCAGAAGCCAUGACAGCCGUGACGGGUUCCUCACAGAGCGCCGGCCGGUCAAGCUCCCACGCAGAACCGAGGGCAGCAGCCGAAAUCUCACGUCAACUUUCGAGGUGAGCCUGGCGAGGAAUCGGGCCAUUGGUCCGGCAGACGAGCGCGCCUGGUGUUUUCAAGAAGCCCUGCUGAGCAGGCGAAGCCUUAUAUUCGGCAUGGGACAGCUCAUCUUCAAGUGUCGGAAGCACAAGGCAUUCCAGGAUGGCAGUCACGACAAAUUCAUGUUUGACGAGGCUGCCUUUCACCACGAUUGGGUCUUGCCCUUUCCUCCCGAGGCGCCUCGCACAGAAAAUGACAAGAGUCCACCCACGCAGAGCCACAUCGUACAUGGCUGGUACCGCGUUGCGCAAAAGUACGCCAUGCGAGACAUGUACGACCCCUUCGACUGCUACGCCGCGCUCGCAGGCAUUGCCAGACGGUGCGAGUCUGCUCUGGCUAAAGCGAGCAAAGACGGAGCCGCUCCUAGAUACCUCUGUGGACUGUGGGAGACGGACACUUUUGCCCAUGCCCUCAUGUGGCGGAGGUGCCUCGACGCAAGACUUGCGCGGGAUUGUCGUCUUCUGGAGGAGCCCGGGCCCGAGCAAGACCCGAUCAGCAGAGCGCCUUCAUGGUCGUGGAUGGCCCUCGUAGGCCGAAUCACGUUCCAUGGCGCGCCGGUGACGACGAGCGGCCCCCCUUCAGCGGGCUUUAUUCGAGUUCCCUGCUGUGUCCCUGCCAACGGACGAGGAAGCUGGACUCGUGAGAGCUGGGGCAUCAGGACCCAGCUCGAGGCGCGGGAAAUCCAAACAUCUCUGCCGUUGAGGAUUGAGGUCAAGGGCCGUCCUCGUCGAGUGCGCGCCACGACGGGUCGUGUUUGUGGCUACAUGAUGUUUCUCAGGUACGGAGAGAUGUUGGCUAACCAUAGUACUAUUGACCCUGCUGAGUCGGAAAAUUUGAGAGAACAUGGUGUUGUACUACAGGACUUGAGGGAUCAAGACGACGAAAAGGGCAUUGCAUUGGCACUGUUUGACCGUAAGCAGGUAGAUUAUACAGAGCUUUGGGCUUUGCCAUUUUUUACAUGUUCGAUGGGGACUCGCAAUGUACCAAGUGAGGGUUUGCUGCUUUGCAAGAAUAUCACGGGCACUUUUUCCAGAGUAGGCGUGUUUUGGGUCAAGAAGUGCGAAGCAUUUAUAGACUUGCAAGAACAGGUUCUUUGUAUUGAGUAG